AAGUCAGUUAAGCUAACUGCAUCAGUUAGCUAUGGGUCAUCUAAAACUUAUUUUAAUUUUAGCAUGGAUAAGUGGCAGCUAUACUACAGGAAACAUUGACAAUAGAUCUAAUUUUACUGAACAUGAUGGUGCUGUCAUAGCUUCUUGUGACUUCAACAACGAUGCAGAGCCUUUCUGUAGCUUCAGACAAGACACUGCAGAUGACAGUGACUGGAUUCGCCAUAAGGGCCCCACCCCGACAACUGGCACUGGACCCAGUGGAGACUAUCCUGAUGGGACUGGUUAUUACAUCUACCAUGAGGCUGAUAACGUUGCUAAUGGGAAGAAAGCACGCUUGCUGAGUCCUGUGAUUAACACUGCAUCAGCACAGAUCUGUGUACAGUUUAAGUACUACAUGUACGGUUUGGACAUCAGCAACAAGUUGACUGUGCUGGCUAAGCGAUCUGGCUCAGAGGAAAAUCUAUGGCAGAAAGUUGGAUUCCAGAGUCCGUCAUGGCUUGGAGCAGCUAUUACUGUGGCCAAACCAGCUGCAGAUCCUAUUGAAAUUGUGUUUGAAGCAGUCCGUGGGUUCUCCCCAUCAUGUGAUACAGCCCUGGAUAACAUUGACAUCACCGAGGGAGCUUGCCCUGGGUGUAUAGCCGAAUGUGAUUUUGAUGAACUGGAUAACCUCUGUGGCUGGACCAAUGAGGUGUCAGAUUCAUCCAUUCUAGGAUGGGAGUUUUGGAAUGGGCCCACUGAAACACCUGGUACAGGUCCUGAUGAUGAUUUCUCCAAACCAGGCUUUGGAUACUACUUGUUUAUGGAUUCCUUCUCCAGUGUCGCAGGAGCCUCAGCUCAGCUAUGGAGUCCAUCCACAGCUGUUCCUUCUUCUAACUGCCUCCAGUUAAACUUCCAUUACUACUUGUAUGGCACUGCAACAAACAUGGAGCUUAAUGUUCAUGUGGUCACCACUGCUGGAGAACUGGGACCACCUAUUUUCAGUAUCAAAGGAAACCAAGGACAGGGGUGGAAACCAGCAGAGGUCCGUCGUAUUGGCACAGGAAACGUUCAGUUUGUGAUUGUUGGUGUAUAUGGAGAGACCGAAGAGACAGACAUUGCUAUAGACAGCAUCUGUAUAACAAGUUGUGAGGGUGAAACACCAACAGUAAAGCCAACAACACCUGUUUUGACUCCAAAACCUUCAACUCCACAGCCAUCCACAUUCAAACCCACGACAGCAAAACCAUCAAAACCCCAAACAACAACACCAAAACCCACCACAGCUGGCCCACCAACACCAAAGCCCUCUACACCCCAACCCACGACUCCAAAACCUACUACCACCUCGACAACACCAGUGAAGUGCCCCGAUAAUGCAGAGUACAUAGAGUGCGGUCCAGCUUGUAUUCCCAGCUGUAAAGAACCCUCCACCAACUGCACUGGCUCCUGUAUCAGCGGCUGCUUCUGCAAACCAGGUUUUGUGUUUCGGGGCAGACGCUGUAUUCCCAUUGAGCAGUGUGGAUGUCUGGAUGAUAACAACAACUACUAUGAGCCUGGAGAGAUUGUCUUUGGGAAUGGCUGCUCCAAGCUGUGUCGCUGUGCUGGUAAUUACACCCUGAGCUGUGUGGACAACACCUGUGACCCCACAGAAGAGUGUCGGGAAGUGGGAGGAGUCCAUGGCUGCUAUCCUAAAGACACGUCCAUCUGUAUCGCCUCGGCUGACCCUCACUACACCACCUUUGACAAGCGUAAUUAUGACUUCAUGGGCAACUGCACCUACUUGAUGUCUGAACGGUGCAACAACACAGACGUGCCCUACUUCGCUGUUUAUGCUGAGAAUGAGAAUCGCUUCAACAAUCCCUGGGUCAGCUAUGUGAGUGCUGUCCAUGUCCACGUUCGGGGAGUGAAGGUGUCCAUCCUGAAAGGAGGAGUUGUACAGCUGAACGGAACCAAUGUGAACAUUCCUUUGAGUCCGGUGUCUGGAGUAGAUGUUUUCAAAUCUGGGACACUCUACACGGUGGUCAUGGACUUUGGCGUAACUGUUCGUUAUGAUGGAAACCACUACAUGGACAUCAAAGUCAUCAAAGACUAUCAGGACAAGCUGUGUGGCCUGUGUGGUGACUAUAACGGCAACUAUAAGGACGACUUCCGCACCCCCUCUGGUGAACUGGUCAACAAUCCAACUGAGUUUGGCAACAGCUGGAACACAGAUCCUGACUGCAAUAAGACUCCAGAGGUCCCACCCCCUGGCUGCACAGAAGCUGAACAGGACCUUUAUGAGAGUCCAGCAUACUGUGGUAUCAUUCUGGACAGCAAUGGUCCAUUUGCUGUGUGCCACCCAAAAGUCAAUCCUAAUAGUUUCUUCAAAAACUGCAUAUAUGAUCUGUGUGCACUGGGCGGCCCUCACUCUGCUUUGUGUGAAGCGAUCGAAGCGUAUGUCAACGAGUGCCAGGACCGUGGGGUCAACAUCGGUGCCUGGAGAAACAGCACCUUCUGCCCUCUCGAUUGUCCAUCCAACAGCCACUACGACCCCUGCGUCUCCCCUUGCCAGCCUUCUUGUACUUCUCCCCCACCCAGUCAGUGCACUGGACCCUGCUCUGAGGGCUGUGUGUGUGACCCUGGCUAUGUACUCAGUGGUGACAAGUGUGUGAAACAAGACACAUGUGGCUGCAUGUAUAAUGGACAGUAUUACCAGCCUGGACAGGAGUUCUACACUAAGGACUGUGAUCUGCUGUGCAAGUGUAAUCCCCCAUUCGUCUCCUGCAGUGCUGCUGAAUGCCCGCCCAUGCAACAGUGUGAUGUGCAGGGAGGACAAAUAGGAUGUUACCCAGUCGAUUUUAAGGAUUGUAUCAUCUCUGGUGACCCCCAUUACAACACCUUUGAUGGUAAAUACUACUCCUUCAUGGGACUCUGCACCUACACGCUGGCCCGCACCUGCAGAAACAACACUGGUCCCUGGUUUUCUGUGGAGGGGAAGAAUGAGCAGAGAGGAAUCUCUGGUUUGUCCUAUCUCCGGAAAUUGUAUGUGACUGUUGAUGGCAUCACUGUGACCAUGCUGAAGGGCAGAACCAUUCUAGUGAAAGGAGUGAAAGUCGGCCUUCCUCAUUCACCUUCUCCACUAAUCUCUCUGACCUUGGCUGGUCAGUAUGUCAUUCUCACCACACUCUUCGGCCUGGAGGUGCGCUGGGAUGGCAACCACUAUGCUAAGAUCACUGUGCCCAGCACCUACUAUGAGCAGAUGUGCGGUCUGUGUGGAGACUACAAUGGAAACCCCAACAAUGACUUCACCAAGCCAAAUGGUUCUCUGGCAGACAACGCAAACCAGUUUGGCAACAGCUGGCAGACUGAUGAGGAUGAAGAUGACACGUGCAAGCCUGAGAUCCCACCCGAACCUCCAUGUGACCCAAGCCUAGAGGCUGAAGUGUCUAAACCAGAGAAAUGUGGGAAAAUCACAGACUCCACUGGACCGUUCAGGGAUUGUAUAAAGGUGGUGGACCCUCUGCCGUUCUUCCAGAGCUGUGUGUAUGAUAUGUGUCGUUAUCAGGGACUCCAACAAACUUUGUGUGAUCAACUCCAAGCCUACACCGAUGCUUGUCUCAGUGCAGGAGCACCAGUUCACCAGUGGAGGGAGCCAGAUUUCUGCCCUCUGGUUUGUCCUCCGAACAGCCACUAUUCUACAUGUGUGAGUUCAUGUCCAGAGACGUGUGUAGGUGUGAGCGGACCCCCUGGUUGUGGAGAGAAGUGUGUUGAAGGCUGUGAAUGUGACCCCGGCUUUGUCCUGAGCGGCAGCCAGUGUGUUCCUCUCAAGGACUGCGGCUGUGUGGACUCUGACGGCUCCUACCAUCCUGUAAACGAGAGCUGGUAUCUGAAGGACUGUGAGCAGCAGUGUGUGUGUCUAGGUGGAAAAAUCAUCCAGUGCUACAACACCAGCUGCCUCCCUACAGAGAGCUGCGUACUGCAAGAUGGAGAGUACAUCUGCAAACCGAAUGAUACAGCAUCAACACCACAGCCAACCACUCCGAAACCCACUGGACCUUCAACACCAACACCCUCAACACCUCGACCGACAACUCCAGAAUCAACUACAACAACGACAGCGCCAGUGAAGUGCCCCGAUAAUGCAGAGUACAUAGAGUGCGGUCCAGCUUGUAUUCCCAGCUGUAAAGAACCCUCCACCAACUGCACUGGCUCCUGUAUCAGCGGCUGCUUCUGCAAACCAGGUUUUGUCUUCCGGGGCAGACGUUGUAUUCCCAUUGAGCAGUGUGGAUGUCUGGAUGAUAACAACAACUACUAUGAACCUGGAGAGAUUGUCUUUGGGAAUGGCUGCUCCAAGCUGUGUCGCUGUGCUGGUAAUUACACCCUGAGCUGUGUGGACAACACCUGUGACCCCACAGAAGAGUGUCGGGAAGUGGGAGGAGUCCAUGGCUGCUAUCCUAAAGACACGUCCAUCUGUAUCGCCUCGGCUGACCCUCACUACACCACCUUUGACAAGCGUAAUUAUGACUUCAUGGGCAACUGCACCUACUUGAUGUCUGAACCGUGCAACAGCACAGACGUGCCCUACUUCGCUGUUCAUGCUGAGAAUGAGAAUCGCUUCAACAAUCCCUGGAUCAGCUAUGUGAGUGCUGUCCAUGUCCACGUUCGGGGAGUGAAGGUGUCCAUCCUGAAAGGAGGAGUUGUACAGCUGAACGGAACCAAUGUGAACAUUCCUUUGAGUCCGGUGUCUGGAGUAGAUGUUUUCAAAUCUGGGACACUCUACACGGUGGUCAUGGACUUUGGCGUAACUGUUCGUUAUGAUGGAAACCACUACAUGGACAUCAAAGUCAUCAAAGACUAUCAGGACAAGCUGUGUGGCCUGUGUGGCGACUAUAACGGCAACUAUAAGGACGACUUCCGCACCCCCUCUGGUGAACUGGUCAACAAUCCAACUGAGUUUGGCAACAGCUGGAACACAGAUCCUGACUGCAAUAAGACUCCAGAGGUCCCACCCCCUGGCUGCACAGAAGCUGAACAGGACCUUUAUGAGAGUCCAGCAUACUGUGGUAUCAUUCUGGACAGCAAUGGUCCAUUUGCUGUGUGCCACCCAAAAGUCAAUCCUAAUAGUUUCUUCAAAAACUGCAUAUAUGAUCUGUGUGCACUGGGCGGCCCUCACUCUGCUUUGUGUGAAGCGAUCGAAGCGUAUGUCAACGAGUGCCAGGACCGUGGGGUCAACAUCGGUGCCUGGAGAAACAGCACCUUCUGCCCUCUCGAUUGUCCAUCCAACAGCCACUACGACCCCUGCGUCUCCCCUUGCCAGCCUUCUUGUACUUCUCCCCCACCCAGUCAGUGCACUGGACCCUGCUCUGAGGGCUGUGUGUGUGACCCUGGCUAUGUACUCAGUGGUGACAAGUGUGUGAAACAAGACACAUGUGGCUGCAUGUAUAAUGGACAGUAUUACCAGCCUGGACAGGAGUUCUACACUAAGGACUGUGAUCUGCUGUGCAAGUGUAAUCCCCCAUUCGUCUCCUGCAGUGCUGCUGAAUGCCCGCCCAUGCAACAGUGUGAUGUGCAGGGAGGACAAAUAGGAUGUUACCCAGUCGAUUUUAAGGAUUGUAUCAUCUCUGGUGACCCCCAUUACAACACCUUUGAUGGUAAAUACUACUCCUUCAUGGGACUCUGCACCUACACGCUGGCCCGCACCUGCAGAAACAACACUGGUCCCUGGUUUUCUGUGGAGGGGAAGAAUGAGCAGAGAGGAAUCUCUGGUUUGUCCUAUCUCCGGAAAUUGUAUGUGACUGUUGAUGGCAUCACUGUGACCAUGCUGAAGGGCAGAACCAUUCUGGUGAAAGGAGUGAAAGUCGGCCUUCCUCAUUCACCUUCUCCACUAAUCUCUCUGACCUUGGCUGGUCAGUAUGUCAUUCUCACCACACCCUUCGGCCUGGAGGUGCGCUGGGAUGGCAACCACUAUGCUAAGAUCACUGUGCCCAGCACCUACUAUGAGCAGAUGUGCGGUCUGUGUGGAGACUACAAUGGAAACCCCAACAAUGACUUCACCAAGCCAAAUGGUUCUCUGGCAGACAACGCAAACCAGUUUGGCAACAGCUGGCAGACUGAUGAGGAUGAAGAUGACACGUGCAAGCCUGAGAUCCCACCCGAACCUCCAUGUGACCCAAGCCUAGAGGCUGAAGUGUCUAAACCAGAGAAAUGUGGGAAAAUCACAGACUCCACUGGACCGUUCAGGGAUUGUAUAAAGGUGGUGGACCCUCUGCCGUUCUUCCAGAGCUGUGUGUAUGAUAUGUGUCGUUAUCAGGGACUCCAACAAACUUUGUGUGAUCAACUCCAAGCCUACACCGAUGCUUGUCUCAGUGCAGGAGCACCAGUUCACCAGUGGAGGGAGCCAGAUUUCUGCCCUCUGGUUUGUCCUCCGAACAGCCACUAUUCUACAUGUGUGAGUUCAUGUCCAGAGACGUGUGUAGGUGUGAGCGGACCCCCUGGUUGUGGAGAGAAGUGUGUUGAAGGCUGUGAAUGUGACCCCGGCUUUGUCCUGAGCGGCAGCCAGUGUGUUCCUCUCAAGGACUGCGGCUGUGUGGACUCUGACGGCUCCUACCAUCCUGUAAACGAGAGCUGGUAUCUGAAGGACUGUGAGCAGCAGUGUGUGUGUCUAGGUGGAAAAAUCAUCCAGUGCUACAACACCAGCUGCCUCCCUACAGAGAGCUGCGUACUGCAAGAUGGAGAGUACAUCUGCAAACCGAAUGAUACAGCAUCAACACCACAGCCAACCACUCCGAAACCCACUGGACCUUCAACACCAACACCCUCAACACCUCGACCGACAACUCCAGAAUCAACUACAACAACGACAGCGCCAGUGAAGUGCCCCGAUAAUGCAGAGUACAUAGAGUGCGGUCCAGCUUGUAUUCCCAGCUGUAAAGAACCCUCCACCAACUGCACUGGCUCCUGUAUCAGCGGCUGCUUCUGCAAACCAGGUUUUGUCUUCCGGGGCAGACGUUGUAUUCCCAUUGAGCAGUGUGGAUGUCUGGAUGAUAACAACAACUACUAUGAACCUGGAGAGAUUGUCUUUGGGAAUGGCUGCUCCAAGCUGUGUCGCUGUGCUGGUAAUUACACCCUGAGCUGUGUGGACAACACCUGUGACCCCACAGAAGAGUGUCGGGAAGUGGGAGGAGUCCAUGGCUGCUAUCCUAAAGACACGUCCAUCUGUAUCGCCUCGGCUGACCCUCACUACACCACCUUUGACAAGCGUAAUUAUGACUUCAUGGGCAACUGCACCUACUUGAUGUCUGAACCGUGCAACAGCACAGACGUGCCCUACUUCGCUGUUCAUGCUGAGAAUGAGAAUCGCUUCAACAAUCCCUGGAUCAGCUAUGUGAGUGCUGUCCAUGUCCACGUUCGGGGAGUGAAGGUGUCCAUCCUGAAAGGAGGAGUUGUACAGCUGAACGGAACCAAUGUGAACAUUCCUUUGAGUCCGGUGUCUGGAGUAGAUGUUUUCAAAUCUGGGACACUCUACACGGUGGUCAUGGACUUUGGCGUAACUGUUCGUUAUGAUGGAAACCACUACAUGGACAUCAAAGUCAUCAAAGACUAUCAGGACAAGCUGUGUGGCCUGUGUGGCGACUAUAACGGCAACUAUAAGGACGACUUCCGCACCCCCUCUGGUGAACUGGUCAACAAUCCAACUGAGUUUGGCAACAGCUGGAACACAGAUCCUGACUGCAAUAAGACUCCAGAGGUCCCACCCCCUGGCUGCACAGAAGCUGAACAGGACCUUUAUGAGAGUCCAGCAUACUGUGGUAUCAUUCUGGACAGCAAUGGUCCAUUUGCUGUGUGCCACCCAAAAGUCAAUCCUAAUAGUUUCUUCAAAAACUGCAUAUAUGAUCUGUGUGCACUGGGCGGCCCUCACUCUGCUUUGUGUGAAGCGAUCGAAGCGUAUGUCAACGAGUGCCAGGACCGUGGGGUCAACAUCGGUGCCUGGAGAAACAGCACCUUCUGCCCUCUCGAUUGUCCAUCCAACAGCCACUACGACCCCUGCGUCUCCCCUUGCCAGCCUUCUUGUACUUCUCCCCCACCCAGUCAGUGCACUGGACCCUGCUCUGAGGGCUGUGUGUGUGACCCUGGCUAUGUACUCAGUGGUGACAAGUGUGUGAAACAAGACACAUGUGGCUGCAUGUAUAAUGGACAGUAUUACCAGCCUGGACAGGAGUUCUACACUAAGGACUGUGAUCUGCUGUGCAAGUGUAAUCCCCCAUUCGUCUCCUGCAGUGCUGCUGAAUGCCCGCCCAUGCAACAGUGUGAUGUGCAGGGAGGACAAAUAGGAUGUUACCCAGUCGAUUUUAAGGAUUGUAUCAUCUCUGGUGACCCCCAUUACAACACCUUUGAUGGUAAAUACUACUCCUUCAUGGGACUCUGCACCUACACGCUGGCCCGCACCUGCAGAAACAACACUGGUCCCUGGUUUUCUGUGGAGGGGAAGAAUGAGCAGAGAGGAAUCUCUGGUUUGUCCUAUCUCCGGAAAUUGUAUGUGACUGUUGAUGGCAUCACUGUGACCAUGCUGAAGGGCAGAACCAUUCUGGUGAAAGGAGUGAAAGUCGGCCUUCCUCAUUCACCUUCUCCACUAAUCUCUCUGACCUUGGCUGGUCAGUAUGUCAUUCUCACCACACCCUUCGGCCUGGAGGUGCGCUGGGAUGGCAACCACUAUGCUAAGAUCACUGUGCCCAGCACCUACUAUGAGCAGAUGUGCGGUCUGUGUGGAGACUACAAUGGAAACCCCAACAAUGACUUCACCAAGCCAAAUGGUUCUCUGGCAGACAACGCAAACCAGUUUGGCAACAGCUGGCAGACUGAUGAGGAUGAAGAUGACACGUGCAAGCCUGAGAUCCCACCCGAACCUCCAUGUGACCCAAGCCUAGAGGCUGAAGUGUCUAAACCAGAGAAAUGUGGGAAAAUCACAGACUCCACUGGACCGUUCAGGGAUUGUAUAAAGGUGGUGGACCCUCUGCCGUUCUUCCAGAGCUGUGUGUAUGAUAUGUGUCGUUAUCAGGGACUCCAACAAACUUUGUGUGAUCAACUCCAAGCCUACACCGAUGCUUGUCUCAGUGCAGGAGCACCAGUUCACCAGUGGAGGGAGCCAGAUUUCUGCCCUCUGGUUUGUCCUCCGAACAGCCACUAUUCCACAUGUGUGAGUUCAUGUCCAGAGACGUGUGUAGGUGUGAGCGGACCCCCUGGCUGUGGAGGGAAGUGUGUUGAAGGCUGUGAAUGUGACCCCGGCUUUGUCCUGAGCAAUGACAAGUGUGUUCCUCUCAAAGACUGUGGCUGUGUGGACUCUGACGGCUCCUACCAUCCUGUAAACGAGAGCUGGUAUCUGGAGGGCUGUGAGCAGCAAUGUGUGUGUCUGGGUGGAGGAAUUAUCCAGUGCUACAACACCAGCUGCCUCCCUACAGAGAGUUGCAUACUGCAAGAUGGAGAGUACAUCUGCAAACCGAAUGAACCUACAGGUCCAGGAAUCUGCUCUGUCUCUGGGGACCCUCACUACACCUCUUUUGAUAAGAAGGUCCAUCAUUUCAUGGGUGCCUGCUCUUACACCCUCACCAAGCCCUGCAACGAGACCACUGGUGUGCCAUACUUCACCGUUGAUACCCAGAACGAACACAGAAACAAUAACAAGAAAGUGUCCUAUGUGAAAUCAGUCAUUGUCAAUGUUUAUGGCAUGAAGAUUAUCCUUGACAAGGGCCGUAAAGUCCAGGUAAAUGGUGUUCAGGUGACUGUGCCUGUCACUCUACUGAAUGGUGUUAAGGUCUUCCUCAGCGGCAAAUUUGUUGUGCUGGAGACUAACUUCGGCCUGCGUGUCCGCUUUGAUGGCAAUCACCAUGCUGAUGUCAGCCUUCCUCUGUCUUACAAAGGGCUGCUGUGUGGAAUGUGUGGAAACUACAAUAACAACCCAAAUGAUGACAACAUCAUGUCAGAUGGCAAGCCCACAGACAGCACCAGUGAGCUAGGGGAGAGCUGGCAGGUGCCUGAUGACAGACCUGAUUGCACACAUGGAGGUGGAGAUAUUGAAUGUGAUAAAAAUAUUGAAAGUGAGGCACAAAAACCCACCAGCUGUGGAAUGAUUACUGACCCCAAUGGGAUCUUUAAAGAAUGCCAUAAAGUUGUGCCACCCACUCCAUAUUUUGAGAACUGCGUGUUUGACCAGUGUGGCACAGAUGGGUCUGCAGUGGCACUCUGCCAGGCUGUUGAGACCUAUGCUACCUUGUGUGCCCAAGCUGGGGUGCCCAUCAACUGGAGGAACAACACCUUCUGCCCCCUGAAAUGCCUAGCUGGCAGUCACUAUGAGUACUGUGGUACUGCAUGCCCUCCCAGCUGUCAGGAUCCAGGCUCAGCUGGCACGUGCACAGAACCAUGCGUGGAAGGGUGUGUGUGUGAUGAAGGACUGAUACUCAGUGGAGACAAGUGUGUGCCCUUCAGUCAGUGUGGAUGUACAGACAAGGACAGUAACUACAGACCCGUGGGAGAUAGCUGGUUUACUAAGGACGACUGUUCUGAACGCUGUGUGUGCUCUCCUUUUAACAAUGUGACAUGUGAAGCAUGGAGAUGCAGUCCUGCACAAGAGUGCAAGGUCAACGAGGGACAACUUGGCUGUGUAGAUACAGGAGUGGGAAUUUGCCACAUAGCUGGCGAUCCUCAUUACUACACUUUUGAUGGCAUCAUGCACACAUACAUGGGCACAUGUACCUACACACUGGUGGCCAUUUGCAACAGCUCCAUGGUGACACCCUUUACCAUCGUUGCCAAGAAUGAGGAACGUGGCCUGCCCGAGGCCUCCUACGUCCGCUCUGUCACCAUCUACCUGCCCGGAGCUAACAUCACACUCAGCAAGAGCAAGAGAGUACUGCUGGAUGGACAAAGGAUCCGCACCCCUAUGGCCAUUCCUGCAGCCAAGGCUUGGGUGUUUACCAGCGGAGUCAACAGUGUGCUGGCCACUGAAUUUGGCCUGAUUGUCCAGUUUGAUGGAGUUCACCAUAUAGAGAUCACUGUACCUGGAGAUUAUUUCAACAAGGUGUGUGGUAUGUGCGGUAACUACAACGGUAAUUCCAGUGAUGACAAUUUGAUGCCAAAUGGCCAGCCAGCUAAAGAUGUCAUAGAGUUGGGUGACAGCUGGAAAGCAGAGGGUGAUAGUGACCCAGGAUGCCAGCCAGAUUUGCGUCCAGAUGUCAACCCUAACUGCACGGCCGAGGAAGAGGAAGCGAUCAGGGCUCAGUGCGCCAGCGUUAUCCUCUCAGACCGCUUCAAGCCCUGCCACUCGUUGAUUCCACCUGAGCCUUUCCUGGGGAACUGCAUCUACGACAUGUGCGAAUACAACGGCAUGCAGUCCACGUUGUGUGACAAUGUGGAGGCUUAUGCUCAGGCCUGCCAGAGUGCCGGUGUCACCAUCAGCUGGAGAAACACCACCUUUUGCCCUCUGCCCUGUCCUCCAAACAGCCACUAUUCGGACUGCACGCCCCCCUGCCCCCCCACCUGUGCUGACCUCUUUCCAAUCUUCUGCCCCCUUCCACCAAACGGCUGUGUGGAGGGCUGCCAGUGCAAUGCAGGCUUUGUGCUGAGUGAUGGGAAGUGUGUAUCGCUCUCCAACUGUGGAUGUGUGGACAGUAAAGGAGAGUACCAUGACGUUGGAGAUUCGUGGUUGACGGAGCACUGUGAUCAGAAGUGCACGUGCAGUCUGGGAGGAGUGCUGACCUGCAGGGACUUCCAGUGCAGCUCCAGCUCAAUCUGUGCAUUGGAUAAAGAUGGAGAGCGCUACUGCAAACCUGAGAGUUUUGACAAGUGCGUCAUUUCUGGAGAUCCACACUACCGCACCUUUGACAAAUUCAACCAUCACUACCAGGGCCCACACACAUACGUGCUAACAAUGAAUCAUGAUCUGCCCAGCACCCUCACGCCCCUCACUGUCAGAGGCAAGAAUGCCCGCAGAGGGGGCAACAGCCGCAUUUCCUUCCUGCACGAGGUCUAUGUGGAUGUGUAUGGUGUUAGUGUUCGCAUGCUACAAAAGAGGGCUCUCCAGGUUGAUGGCGAGCGAGUUUUUCCUCCCUUAAGUCCCAAGCAGGGUAUCAAGAUCGCCUUAAAUUCACGCUACCUUCAGCUUUCCACUGACUUUGGGCUUACAGUGCGCUUUGAUGGCAACAUGCAAGGAGAGGUGAUCCUUCCGAGCACCUACAGGACGUAUGUGCACGGCCUGUGUGGGAAUUAUGACCGUCGCACCAACAACGAGUACAUGAAACCUGACGGCACCCUCACCCGCAACCUCAACGAGUUUGGAGACAGCUGGAGAGUGACAGACAGGCAAGGGGAGGCUCUCCGUACCUCAGACCUGCCACAACUCGCUCGUUUGCACAGGAGAGAGGUGGAGGAGGAUCCGGACUCUGGCUUUGAGACAGAUGGCUGCUCUGCAGAUCAGCUGGUUGAUCUGAACGGGAAGAAGCAGUGUGGAGCACUGAGUGACCCUGAAGGCCCCUUCGCUGCCUGCCACAGCGUCCUAGCUCCUGAUAUGUUCCAGAAGGACUGUGUGUUUGACCUCUGUGCAGAGCAGAGCAAUCCCACACUGCGCUGUGAGAACUAUGCUGUGUACGCCCUGGAGUGUCAGGAGCAAGGAGUUGACGUAGGAAACUGGAGACAAGAACUGGGCUGUGCUCUGACGUGUGGUGCCAACAGCAGCUACACCACCUGUAUGACUGCAUGCCCAGCAUCAUGUGCAGACCUUGCAGCGCCCUCAGAGUGUGAGCAGACUACAUGUAUUGAGGGAUGCCAGUGCGCUCCUGGAUACACCAUGAGUGACAAUGACUGUGUUCCUUUCAAUGAGUGUGGAUGCACCUACCUGGGACGCUAUUACUCUCUGAAGGAGGUAUUUGUGACAGAGGACUGUGCUCAGAGCUGUCAAUGUUCCCCCACCGGUGCAAUUUGUGAACUCAAAGGCUGUGGUGACACACAACUCUGCACCAUCUAUGAGACCAGACGCGACUGCUACGAGAUAAACCCAUGUCUGAGCUCUCCAUGUGAGAACGGCGGUACAUGUGUUAAAGUGUCAAAUACUACUUACUCCUGCGAAUGUCCAGAGGGCUUUGAGGGGACCAAUUGUGAGAUAGAGAAGACAGAACCUGAUGAAGGUCUAGAUAAGACAACCAUUAUUCUGAUUGGAGUCUUGGUACCACUUGCCAUCAUCAUUAUUGUCACUCUGAUCGUGUGCCUCUGCAAAAAAUCAAUCAGGCCCAGGAAAAACAGUUAUGAUACCACUAAAAGCCACAAUCUGCAGCUGAAAAAGACAGAUCUCCCCUAUGAAAUUCUGGAUGAACGCAAGAAGAGUGUAGACAGCACAGUUUUGCAAGCAUCAAAGUUCUGAAGCAGCAGGACGCUCUGAUUUAGACAGUUCAUAUUUUAUUUAUUGAGUUUUGAAUGUAAUGCUGUU